AUGUCACAGUUUUAUCUACUCUACCCACCAAGUAAGGGUAAUAACCCAUCAAAGAAUGUCACAGUUUUAUCUACUCUACCCACCAAGAAGUAUACAUCUCAGAACAUACCAAAAUGGUCAGCAAGAGCGAUAAGGUCAUUUGGGUUAGGAGAACUGGAGGCGAGGAAGUUGAAGUAUCCUAAUACGGGAACUGAUGCACUUUUAAUGGGGAUUUUGAUUGAGGGGACUAGUCCAGCUGCAAAGUUUUUGAGGGCUAAUGGGAUUACUUUUUUCAAAGUCAGAGAAGAAACUGUGAAUUUACUUGGGAAAUCUGAAAUGUAUUUUUUUAGUCCUGAGCAUCCUCCAUUGACUGAACAAGCUCAAAGAGCACUUGAUUGGGCUGUCGAGGAGAAACUAAAGUCAGGAGAUAGUGGAGAAAUUACCACAACUCAUAUACUUCUGGGGACUUGGUCAGAAAAAGAAUCUGCAGGUCGCAAGAUAUUGGAAACUUUAGGUUUUAAUGACGAUAAAGCUAAAGAAGUCGCAGAAUCUAUGAACGAAGAUGUUGCCCUGAGCUUCAAGUAGGGAGGUCAGAAUGCUUUAUGAAACACGACUCCCUUGUUGACUCCAGAACUUUGCUGCAUGGCUUUCAGAAGAUACACACUUAGGUAGUUGGUUCUAGGUGGAGCAAGUUUGUCAUCAAGGAACUUGUUCCUUGUACGGGUUGUUUCAAAUUCUUAAACCAAAUGCAUUCAUGAAUCAGCUGGAGUUGUUUAAAUUGGCGUGUCCCUGAAAAGGGAUUUUGUGGAACCCAAAUUCUCAGGUGGGCAUCUUACUAGGAUGAUUAACUGACUCCCAUCAAUUCUUUGUUUUGACAUGCAUUAGAAUUACAUCAUUACCUUUUAUGGAUUGCAUCAAUAGUUUUUAUAUGAAAAAACCGAGUUUGCUUUGAAAAAAAUACUAUAACUCUUCAAAGUUGUGAUUCGCCUUGUAACAUGUCUGAAUACAAUUCAUUU